CCGUUUUAAAAAUUUGAAUAUUUCAGUUGGGGAAAUUUGUUUAUUUCUUUUUUGUUUUGGUAGGUUGGUAUUUCAAUAUUUAAUCAAUGGAGGCAAAAAUUGUGGACGGGAGUUGGCGUCGAUCGGCUGAUAACGACUUCAAAAUUAAUUGAGUUCGCGAUGCCCAAAUCCCCAAAUUACCAUCGCGAGUUUAACGUGCCGAAUUAUCAUUUGGUGCCGUUUCAGUUUUGGAAUUAGAAGAAAAGCCCUGGUGUAUUUAAAUGUAGUGUGUCAGGACUUUCUUUACCAGAUUUCUAAUAACAGAAUACAGAAAUGGCAGAAGCCAGUGACGAUGUGGGCUUUUUGUCCCUACCACAUAUCGAAACAAGCGAGGACCAUAACAGGGGCAUCCAAAAAGUUAUUCUAAACCCCAACGAAGAUUUGGGUCUCCCCAACCCCAAUGAGCUAAUGGAGAUACACAACAUGGAUGAUCCCAUUGAAGAAGAUAAAGUAGUCGAAGAGAAGCAGGAGGACGACACGGCCGAUGUCGAAAGUCCGACAACCGGCGAUUCAUUCAUCUUUAAGUGUAGUUUCUGUGAUCGCAUAUUAACGGCAUCCGAUGAUCCAAAACUUUUAGAAUGUCUGCACAACGCGUGCGGAAGUUGUGUAAAUAAUAAAAUUUACGAGCAAUCCGUCACUAAUCCAAAUUGUAAAGCUCAUAUUGAAUGUGCGGCUUGCGGUUUAAUGUGCGAUCCUGAUAAGCUGAUCGACAAUCAAUUUCUUCUCGAGCUCGCUUCGAGCGAAGAUUCCCAUUCCACGAAGGCAACUGAAAUAAAAUGCAGUAGCUGCAGUGAUGAUGCGAUUGCAGUUAGCUUUUGUAUCGAUUGCUCUGAGUACAUAUGUGACAGUUGCGUUCAAGCGCAUCAAAGGUUAAAAAUCACAAAGGAUCACACAAUUAAAUCAAAAGAGGAAGGUUAUACAGACAAUCAGAAUGGUGCGAGUAAUGCAAAUUCAACUCUUCAUUGCACAGUCCAUCCUCACGAAAAGUUAUCCCUUUUCUGUGAAAAUUGUGAUAAACUAACAUGUCGAGAUUGUCAGCUUAUCGAACACCGUGAUCACAAGUACAAAUUCACGCAUGAAAUAGCCUCGGAUACCCGUAAAUAUGUGGCAUCGAUGCUUAAAGACGUGAGUUACAAGCGUGUACUGUUAAAUAGUGCUAUGAAAGUGAUUGAUGAUCGCCAAGCGCUUAUUUCCGAUAAAAAGCAGGCGCUGGUUAAAGAAAUAACUCAAUUGGUAGUAAAACUUACGAAUACAAUUAACGUGAGAGGGAAGCAAUUAAUUGGAAGAUUGACCGAGGUAUGCGAACAAAAACAAAAAACCUUGCAAGAGAAAAAAGUUGCUUUGGAUCAACUUUCGAAAAUGACUGAUCAUUGUAUAGACUUCACUCAGCACGCCCUUGACAAUGGAAGCGAUAUGGCCUUACUUUAUAGUAAGCGUCAAGUAACGAUGCAUUUACAAAGGGUUAAGUGUAAAAGAGCCGACAUUCCUAAUCCCGAAAUACCUGUUCGUAUUCAUUUGGCGUUGGAUAAAGUUCCUGAUCUCAUUAAAGGACUUUCGUCAGUUAUUCAAACAAUUGGGCAAAUUGUUGUCGAUGGACGUGUAUAUCCGACAUCAUCAACAUCCCCAGCAGCAAUGCUAUCACCGCAUGGUUCACCUAGUCCGGGUCAUUCAAGACCGCCACAGCAACAAUCGCCGUUAAAUCAGCAAGUUCCACAGUUAAACCAGCAGCAGCAGCAACCACAAUCAAUUCACCAUUCCCCGCAGCAACAGCAGCAGCAAGCACAUCAUCAAUCAAACCAACAGCAACUUCAACCACAUCAGCAACCGCCUCAAUCCGGUUUUCAGCAACCGAGGAUGCCCCCACCAUAUUCUCAAUUUACUCAAAGCGUACCAAACCUUAAUAUGCAAUCGAACCCCAACAUUCAACAAAGUCCUAACAUGCAAAUCAUGGGACAAAGACCAUCACAGAUUGCUCCAAAUGUAGCGCUAUUACCUUCAGUUCCUAUCUCACUUGCACAACAUCUGCAGCAGAAUAUUCAAAAAUUACCUUUACCACAAAGGCCUUCUAUGAGUCGCGCUUUAAUGCCAAUGAAUCGUAUGCCAAAUACCGGACUUAAUCACCACCAGCAGCAACAACAAGUGUCAUCCUCUACACAUCCUCAAGGCUUAAUGCACGAACGUGGAAACUUACGCGGUUUAUUGCAACCGAAUGCCAGUACGGUUUAUGUUCAAACCGGUCCAAGUCAAUAUCAGGCAGUACAACCGGCCCAAUUCGCCCAACAGUUUCAAAACAGAUUUGGCUCAUCCCAACAGUUACAGCAAUUUCGACAGCAACAACCGAACAACGUAGGCAACGUAAUGCCCCCAAGUCCGACCUACAGAAUGCCAACGCAAAGACUUAACACGAAUGUGGCUGCACCACCGGUGCCAGUCCCCAGCGCCAAAUGGCACAUACCCCAGCAUAACAUCGCGUCGGAAAACAUCGGAAGUCACCUAAACAACAUGACAGUUAACCGUGUUCAAAUCCUGCCGGGUUUGAACGAUAACUUUAAGAUCACCCUAAAAUCUCACAAUCAGGCCGAUUUGAAACCGGCGGCCGUCUCAUCGACCAUUCCGAAAACGCCCAGUCCGAAUCACAUUCAAGGGAAGUCGGACACGGAGAGAAAUUUGGACAAAUACUGCCAGGAUUCCGUCAAUGAUCUGAUGGCUACGAUUGCAAAGCUGGAUUCGAACGGCGUUCAGGUGCUGGCCGAGGGUAGAUCGAAGACCGGCGGAUCACCGCACGUCGAUAGUUCGACCGACGACGGACAAACGAAGACUGAUUCCCACGAGACGGGGAAGGACGAUCCCAAUGAAGAUUGGUGCGCCGUUUGUAUGGAUGGUGGGGAGUUGGUGUGCUGCGACAAAUGUCCGAAAGUGUUUCAUCAAUUUUGUCAUAUACCCAACUUAAGUGUGGAAGAAAGCGAUACAUGGCAGUGUUUGCUCUGUAUAAACUUCGCCGAUAUUCCAGAAGUACCAGCAAAUCAAAGGAAAGAAGGCGAAUUAACGCCUCGUGAACGUAAGAUAGCCGAACGUCUUGUACUUGAACUAUACUGUCAAUACGAGCAGAGCUUACCAUUUAGAGAAAUUAUAGGAUUAGAUAAUACAGAAUACCACAAUAUUAUUAAAAAGCCCAUUGCUCUGGAUUCCAUUAGACACAAACUGGAUUGGACAUCGGUGGGUUGUUACACGCACAUUGAAGAGCUAAUCCAAGAUGUACGCCUUAUGUUUAGAAACGCCUACAACUACAACGAGGAAGACACGCAAGUGUACCUUGACGCGAAGACAUUAGAGAAAUUUUUUGACGAACAAUUGGAAAAAUUUUUGCCACAGUUUGCAUAUGAAAACUUCGAAAGUGACGACGCGCAACCACCCGCAAAGAAAUACAAACGGAUCAUAAGUGACUGACGUCCAUACGACUACGGAGUGCCCGUAAAAGUAGAAGAAGAACUCACACUCACCGAGCUAUUAAAAUAACUAACUAAUUAUUAUUUUGUUAAUUGUGCAAAAAUCUCGCGUCAUAAUGAGUGAUGUAAAUUCAGGGUUACUACUUACACACACUUUGAAAUAGACAAAAUUGCUUAUUAUGUGCUAAUUGGGCAUUCAACAUUGUUGUAAACAAAUGUGAGAAGUGACACAUUUCAAUUUGCGUGUAUAUUUUAUUGAAGUUGGUUAUUUCAUAAUACAGAAAUUUAAAUCAUUCUUGUUGGUCAAUUUUUUGAUAAUCUUAAGCAGCUAAUUGUAGUUGAAUUAUUACCUUCAUCUGACAAAAUGAGGUAAUAGGUGACACCAAUUAAUUUCUCACCAAUCUCUCUAAAGUAGGUAGUAAUAUUUGUAUUGGAAGAAUAUUUAUUUCAUUUUUAUGUACUCGUAUGUUGGUAGUUUUAGGAAAGUGUAUUGGCACAGCCCGUUCAGAUUUGAAUAUCAUUUCAUGAGGAUGUAUAUUAUUCCAAGCAUUAUGUAGAGUAUUAAUUAAUCUUAUAGGAAACCAUACGAAUAUAGUAUGUAUGUAAUGUUUAGUUUUGAAUUUUGUUAGAAAUUUGGGCAUAGUUGUACUUGUAGCUUAUUAGAAGCUUUCAUUUAAACUGUGCAGCAUGCGUUAUGGGUUAAACAAUCAAAAACUGAGAUUAUUUGAUGCUAUACAACAUUAGGCUUCAUCUCUGUUAUUUAAUUCAUAUUCAUCUGAAAUGUUUUGUUAAUGGAGUUAGAUUCUCGUUGUUAUGUCUUUGUACGAUUAAAAAAAUACUUGCGUUACCAAUAUUUGGUUCUAAUUACACUUUUAUAGUGCAUAUCACAAAAGUAUACAAUGUUUAGAUGGAAAAAUUACGUUUUGGUGUGUAGGAAUAUUCCCGAAAUACCUGAUACAGGAUUUUACCUUUUUUUUAAAUAAAAGCACUCGCUCUAUCACAAACUUUAAUAUUUAAUGUUGAACAAAUAACGUAC